GGUGCCAGCGCUCCGGGAGCACGCGGAGCAUCCCCGGCCGAGCAUCCCUGAGUGAAUAUCCCUAAGUGAGCAUUCCUGAGUGAGCAUCCCGGGCCGCGCAUCCCGGGCCGAGCAUCCCUGAGUGAGCAUCCUUAACCUAACGUCCCUGGCAGAGCAUCCCUGGCAGAGAAUCCCUGACCGAGCAUCCCUGGCAGAGAAUCUCGGACCGAACAUCCCUGGCAGAGCGUUCCUGACCGAACAUCCCUGACCGAGCAUCCCUGGCAGAGCAUCCCUGGCAGAGAAUCCUUGACCGAGCAUCCCUGAGCGAGCAGCCCCGGCGCUCACCUGGGAGCUGUGCGCGGGGCAGGGCAGGGCCGCUCCCCCCCGAGGGGUUCCUGGGGGUGGGAACCCAUCUCGCUCCUCUCUCCGGGGCCGCGCUGGGGGCGGCUGAGCCCCGCCAGCCCCCCCGGCCCCGGCCCCGCGCUCCGCCCGGCGCUGUCCCGCUGCCGGGGCCGGUCCCGGUGCCGCAUCCCCGGGGCUGGAGCCGCCCAUCCCCGCCGGGGUGAGUCCGUGGGAUUCGGGGGAGGAAACUUCGCCCCCUCCCCUCCCCUUCCCUCCCCUCCCCUCCCGCAGCAGCGGCAGCGGCAGCGGCGGGCGAGGCAGAGGGGGAAGCGCUGCGGGAAUUCGCAUCCCGCGGCCGGAGAAGGCAGCCGGAGUGGAAACAGGUUGUCGGGAUCCGUCCGUGGGAGGAAGGGGCGGCUCUGCUCAGCCGCUAGCCGAGCCUGGGCUCUGGGAAAUGGAGCCGGAGCCGCCGCCUCGCCCGCCGGCCGUGUGCUGAAGGGGAUGGACAGCGAAUUGCCGCGGGGGAGCCCGGCCCCGGGGAGCUGAGCGCUUCCCAGGGAGCCCAGGCGCUUCCCCAGCUCCUGAAGUUCCAGCAGCGCUCGGCCCGGGCUCACCCACGGCGAGUUCCACCCGCCGCGCUCCCGGCCGGCAGGGUCAGGCGGGUGAUUGCCUUUCUCUCCGCUCCUCUGCUGUUCUCUCUGCUCCUCUGCUUGUGCCUGAGUGCUGACCUGCAAGAAGUCUGCCUGAAAGCCCGGGAGAGCUUGGGAACGGCCACGGUGGAGAGUUGGGGCGUUUUGGAUUUAUUUGGCGCAAAGUACUCACACCUCUGCUCGAGGGAUUCGUAUGGCUUGAAGCCUGUGCCACACCCGUGUGGCAGCGCGGAGCUGGCAGCUGGCACUUGGGCCCCCAUGGAUCCCCUCAACCUCUCGUGGUACGACGGGGACAGGAACUGGAGCAGGGCCCUGAACGCGUCGGACGCGGCGCAGAAGCCGCACUACAACUACUACGCCGUGCUGCUGGCCCUCCUCAUCUUCAUCAUCGUCUUCGGCAACGUCCUGGUGUGCAUGGCAGUGUCCAGGGAGAGAGCCCUGCAGACCACCACCAACUACCUGAUCGUCAGCCUGGCCGUGGCUGACCUGCUGGUGGCCACGCUCUGCAUGCCCUGGGUGGUCUACAUGGAGGUGGUUGGCGAGUGGCGGUUCAGCCGCAUCCACUGCGAUAUCUUUGUCACCCUGGAUGUCAUGAUGUGCACUGCCAGCAUCCUCAACCUCUGUGCCAUCAGCAUUGACAGGUACACGGCCGUGGCCAUGCCCAUGCUCUACAACACCCGCUACAGCUCCAAGCGCAGGGUCACCGUCAUGAUCGCCGUGGUCUGGGUGCUCUCCUUUGCCAUCUCCUGCCCGCUCCUCUUUGGCCUCAACAACACAGAUGAGAAGGAGUGCAUCAUUGGCAACCCCGCCUUCGUGGUGUACUCCUCCAUCGUGUCCUUCUACGUGCCCUUCAUCGUCACGCUGCUGGUCUACGUGCAGAUCUACAUCGUGCUGCGGCGGCGCAGGAAGCGCGUCAGCACCAAGCGCAGCAGCCACGUGCUGGACUCGGACACGCAGGCUCCCCUGAAGGACAAAUGCACUCAUCCAGAAGACGUCAAGCUCUGCACAGUUAUUGUGAAGUCCAAUGGGAGCUUCCAAGUUAAUAAGCGCAAAGUGGAGGCAGAGAGUCACAUAGAAGAGAUGGAAAUGGAGAUGGUGUCCAGUACCAGUCCCCCUGAGAAAACGGCCCUCAAACCCACAGCACCAAGUAACCACCAGUUGAUUGUGCCAGUUGCUUCUAAUCGGGGCAACAACUCUACCCUGCAGGCACCCCUGAGCAGCCCUGGGAAGGUGGAGAAGAAUGGCCAUGCCAAAGAAUCCCACCACACAGCCAAGGUCUUCGAGAUCCACUCCCUGCCCAAUGGCAAGACGAGGAACUUGCUCAAGGCCGUGAUCAGGAGGAAACUGUCGCAGCAGAAGGAGAAGAAAGCCACCCAGAUGCUGGCCAUCGUGCUCGGUGUUUUCAUCAUCUGCUGGCUCCCCUUCUUCAUCACUCACAUCCUGAACAUGCACUGCGACUGCAACAUCCCGCCGGCCAUGUACAGCGCCUUCACGUGGCUCGGCUACGUCAACAGCGCUGUCAACCCGAUUAUCUACACCACCUUCAACAUCGAGUUUCGCAAGGCUUUCAUGAAGAUCCUCCACUGCUAAAAGUCACAAACAGCACUCGCAUUUUUUUAGGAACGGAGGGGGAAGAGGAAGCGAUGCCAUCCACGCACGGCGGGGCAGCCAGGGAGGGGGCUGGAGCUCUUGAGCUGGGCACCACUCGGUGCCCGGGCACCUCGUGGGGGUGGAACGAGGUGGGAGGGUCUCUCACCCCGCUGGGUGAGCUCUGGACCGGUCCCAAGGGCGCUUUUCAGAGCCACCCUCGCACUGUGUUGGAAGUGGAAGUGCGAGAAUCGAGGCGCUCCCGCUCGGUUCUCGCCCGCGGCCACCCGGCCUGGCGUGCGCUGGACACAGAGUGGCCACGGGGCCACCGGGAGGUAGCGCUGGGCCAGCGGCACAACUCUCACCAAAGACAAGGCCAUCCUUCCCUCUUGGCAGCAGAGCCAGCCAGGGCCUCUGCGAGCUCCGUGCAAUAGCUUUGCCUUCACCUCGAGCUGACUCACCCGGUGUUUAACUGCUGAAGCCUUCAGAAAUUACGUAAAAACCAACCCAAAAAAACUUUCGCAGGUCCCCAGGUGGGUCGAGAAGGUUCUGCCACCCACAGACCCUGCAGCAGUGUGAGCCUACAAGCCAUGGGUGGAAGGGAGAAGGGGGCACCAGUCUCACGUCGAAGCAUUGGUGUAAAUAGGAAUGGUUAGGAUGGAUUUUGGAGCCCCAAGCCAAAAAACAAACAAAAAAAAAAACCAGAUGGAGAGAGAAACUCAAAGAGUGGAACCUUGUCUUGCAUGGUGUACAUCCAACAGGACCCCCUCAUCUCCCAUCAGCGAUUUCUGCCCACCAGCAUCUCAUCUGCAGGCUCUGCCCAGGUGAAGCAGGGCAGGGGUGGCAGCGUGGUGAAUGUACAGACACGAGGACGCUGUGCCAGGGGAGGCACCUGCAGCCCCAGGGGCACCCUGAGCACGCCAGCCAGGCCAGGGCUGCUUCUUCUCACCUAAAUCAGGGGCUCCAAGGAGCACCUCGGGUCUGAUUUGCCUCUGUCUCUCCCCAGAGAGUGCAGAAUAACAUUGUGCCUAAUUUAAAUCAACAGUCAAGGAGAUAAAACUGUGCAUUUUGGAAAAAGCCAGAAUAAAAACCCCAAGAAAGCCCCUACCUGGACCAGCUCCUGUGUCCAAGCUGGACUCUGGAAAGGUCUGGAUGUUUCCAGCAUCCCUAACUCUCUGCUAUCUAUUUUCCCAUGGAUUCUAGGAAUGGGAACCCCACAAGAGCAUCAUUUCACCACGCUGAAUCUGGCACUGCCAAACCCACGCUGUACGUGCUAUUUGUACUCACUUCACGUGACAUUUCGCAAUAUCUCUGUAAAUAAAACACAGCAAGGUGAAUAAAGCAACGUGGAAAUAGGUCUGGCUAGAAAUUCCUGCAGGAUGUGGAGCAGCAGAGGGUUGCAAUAGCCAUAAACAGGGGCAGACUCCCAGGGUGCAGUUUCCUGCUGUUUUCUGAAGGGGUAAAAACACAGUUGGGAGAGCAAUAGAAUCCCUUUUUUUCUCUAUGCAGUUUGUGGAAUGUUCACUCAGUUUCUGCUUCAGAUGAGGUGAAGAUCUGCCAAGGUUUCCUUUAAUUCCCAGGAUUUCCUGUAUUGCUAGGAGAGCACUCUGCUGCGCUGGUGGGAUGCGUUCCAGCUCCGAUUCAGGAGGAGAUUACAGCAAGCAGCUCUUGCACAUCAUCUCAGCUGUUUUCUAAAAUGGAAGCAGCAGUCCCACCCUAAUCCCCAGGUGUCUGUUCCAAACCUGGCAUUCCCGGAACGGGCUGGAAUCCAGGGGUUUUGAUUUUCAGCCCACAGCCUUGUGUAACAUUUGAACCUGGCUCUUCACAGCUAAAAACUGCAAAACUGGGAACUCGGGGGAUCUCAGGCACACACGAGCUGUUCUUUCUUCCCCUCAGUUUUAACCAAACAAAUUCACUCAGCGAUGGGAAUCAACUCAGACUUGAACCCCAAUAUCCACAGAAUGAUGCAAAGGCAGGAAGUUUUGGGGCACAAAAAUAGCAACAAGCUACUGGUCCAUCUUUUGAUGUAUUUACAAGCAGAAAGAUCGGUUUGACUUGGGGAAUUAACAGGUGGGGAGCUGAGCAAAAAUAGCAAAUAUUACAUAUACAGACAAAAAAAAGCUUUAAAGCAUUUGCAAGUUGCCAUAGGUGGUGUUUGCCCUGUACUAAAGGCUGGUGUGAGCCCUCAGGAUAAGUGGAAUAAUGAUAUCCCUCAGGAUAAUGUGGAUAAUAUCUUCACUUGUGCCAUAAUUCUACUUUGUGUCCGGUUCUAACCCAAGGAAAAUCCUCCUCUCCAGUGCUGUGUACCUCGCCCCCAGAUUUUUUUUCUGAUUCUAGAAGCAGAACCUUACAGGAACCACUACCUGAAAAACUCUUCCAAAACGCCACGGAGGGAAAAAAGCUGCAGGAAAAGGCCUCUGUCCUUCACGUGGAGCAAAACCCCCAGGGGUGAUUUCCCAGAGCUGCAGCAUUCGCUGGGAGGGAUUACCUGCAGCCCCCCCUUCAUGCCUAGGACGCUCUAAGCUGCUCCUUCCUGACGCUCCAGGCUGAAUUGUGGGAAUGUGAACGUCCCCAGCGCCCUUGGGAAGGUGGCAGUGCCAGGCCUGGCCAUCUCUGCAGCAGGUUUUCCUUCCCCGUAAAACUCCUGCACUUCCAGACCGCAAAUAAAGCACUUUGAAACCCAGGAGUGAGCCUUCCCCUUUUGGAGACAGCACCAAAGUCAUCCUCACCUCUGGCUUUCCCCGGAGCGAAGCGGUGCCAGCAGCAAGGGCAGAGCGUGCUGGCACAGGGGGAACAGUGGCAGCUGUUUGUGGGAGCUCCUCAGAGCCCACCCCGAGUCAGCUGCACCCCGAGGGGCUGGGGGGCAUCUCCCACAGCUCUGAGCCUGGCAGACCCAGACCUCACUGUUCCUCCCACCCCGGAGAAAACAAAGCUCUGCUUCCCCAAGGAGCUCUGCUGGCAGGACGUGCUGGUGAUGGGAAGGGCACUGAGCUGGGUUUUAAAACCACCUUCACGAGAAGAUUUCAUUUCUUUGUUCCUCCAGAACUUCAGAGCCUUGCUCGAGCCCCUCUUUUGGGAUUCAUAAUUUACAAUUGAAGCUUUCGUUCUGCUUAUUGAGUCUUCCUGGUCCUGCUUUCCCUCCCUGUGAUCCCCAGCUUGCUGAAGCCCUGGGUGGGGACCUCUGCACCCCCAAACAGGUUUGAACUAAAAGCCAGUGAAUUCUGCCUGCACUGUAUUUGCUGCUUGCCUGCUUGCUCCCACUCCACAGAACUGUUAAUCUUCCUGGCUGAAGAGUAAAUGAACUCCAGUAGGUCUAACCAGCUUAUCCAAUCCUGCUGAAAUAAAAACUAAAAAAAAAAAAGGAAAACAGGAAAAAUAAAGCCACUACCUCUUGUGGUGAAAAUCUCCAGUGCAACCACGGCUCCCCUGGAGUCAGGAAUGUAUAAAAUGCCCAUCACAGGUACAUGUGACACCAACCAAUGUCCUCAUGCAGCACUGUCAUUAAAUAGAGACUUGCACAAGCCACCCUGAUGUCCAUCUGGUUGUUUUGUUCUGCUUUCCUCUGGCUCUGAGGGCUCAGGCUCCAGGGAGCUGUGGUUCUGCUGCAGAGCCCAAACACACAGAGGAAAAGCUGCCUUCACACGAGAUUUGCCUUUUUCUGACUUGCUUUUUUCCUUUUUCCUCCCUUCCCCCAGUCUAUCCUUGAGAAUUCUGGUGUUUGUCUUGCCUGCAGCCACGAGAAUCAGACACGGGACAGGAAAGAUGCAGAGA